CCAGUCGUCGUCAACACUCAACAUCACCGAUCAGACUUGCUGUAACCAUAUCCCAUUACUACUAGCUUCCGUGCAGUGCUGCGUGUCGGUGAUCCGAUCGAUUAUCGACGACGAUGGCGCAGAGGGAGCGUGAUAUGCUGAUGAAGCACGGGACGGCGCGGACCAAGGUGGCCGGCGACGACGAGAUGCUGCGGACCGGCUUCCACAACGGCACCCCGCUGGAGGCCGGCAAGAUCGCCGACUCUCAGCCCGUCGACCUCUUCGCCCCCGCCCCCUCGCAGCAGCAGCAGCAGCAGCAGGAAGACGACGAUGGCCGUGGGAGCAGCAGGGUCAUCGCGGAGUCGGAGCCCGUGGACCUGGCCACGAGCGCCCGGGGCGUGGCGGAGGCCGCCAACAACGGCAACAACCCUGCUCCGCCGCCGUCGCAGGGGCGGCAGGUGAUGGCCGCCGGUGGACGUCGCCUCGGACGCCAGGCCUAAGUUAUUGGUCAAUAGCUAAGCAUGCAGUAUGACUGUUAGUAGUAGCUACUAGCAUCUUUCCAUCUCCUGUAUCAUGAAGAAAAUAAGGCUGCCGCCGGCUGUUGUGUCGUCGUCUCUGCUGCAUGCGUUUUCUUGUCACCAACACUGUGUGUUCUCUUAUUUAAAAUAAACACUUUUGUGUUGAGGUGUCUCAAAUUUUUAUUGCUCCCUUUGUGUCCUAGCAUGUGUGGUAGUUUGGAUUUGCUUUGUUUCAUAGAAAUGUAUUACUUUUUCUCUACCUGUGCUCAUAUCUGUAUCGAAUCUACCCAGGCAAUGAAGCAAUGUUAAGGUAUCGAAUCUACCUGUGCUCAAUUUGGCACGCAAGGGAUAAAAAAGGGGAGACAAAAUGAUAAGGGCACCCGCAAUGGGCCACACCCUGCGCUGCGGCGCUGUCGCCGGCCUCUCCACCGUCGUCAACCCCGGAUCGGCGACACCCCCAUCCUGGGCGCCGGUACCUACGCCAACGCGCUCUGCGCCGUGUCGGCCACGGGCAUCGGCGAGGAGAUCAUCCGACACAACAUGGCGCGCGAGGUCGCCGCCGUCAUGGAGCACCGCGGCCUGCCGCUGAGGGACGCCGUCGACCGCGUCGUCGGCGCCGCGCCGCCCGAUACCGCCGGCAUGGUGGCCGUGUCGGCCCAGGGGGAGGUGUGCGUGAGGUACAACAUCAUGGGCAUGUUCCGGGCGUGCGUCACCGAGGACGGCCACACCGAGCUCGCCAUCUGGACGGAGGACAUCCCUAUCCAUGCUGAUCCUGAUGCUGGUGCAGCAGCAGCAGCAGAAGAGCAGAUCAUGGAGACGACACUGUCAGCAGCGGCCUUGCGCCGUAAAACAAUUUCGUCGUCUCUCUCGUGCAGUCGUGCUGCUAUAUAUACUUUCGAUAAUCCAAUAAAACAAUUCCGGCAUUUGCAUCGAUCAAAGGAUGCGAAUGUGAUGUGAUGCCAAGAACCUGUUUGAUGUUUGUUUCGGUGCGUGUUUGGGAAAGAAACACCUGAUUUGGUUUUCA